CUAAUUCCUCAGAGCAGCGACCAAGGAAAAUGAUGUUCUCAGCUGUCACACUCUGCGUGCUGGUGUCGUGCUGCGGUACGGCGUUAGGUCAAUGGGGCGGCGGAAACUUUUGGGAUUAUUGGACAACUACACAGAAAUAUCCGCCAUACAAGCCUACUCAACCAUCAUACCCAGUAUAUCCUACUAAACCACCGGUUUAUCAAACUAAACCACCGGUGUACGCUACACAACCACCAUACUAUGCUACUAAACCACCGGUGUAUACUACAAAGCCACCGGUCUAUUCCUCGUAUGAUCCUUAUGAUCCAUGUGACGACGUGUAUUGCACUGCCGUCUACUGCCGUUAUGGACAAUACACACCGACAGGCGACUGCUGCCCGAAGUGCAAAGAUCGACCCCGCUAUGGAGGCGGUGGUUCGAACUAUGGCUAUUGGCCAUAUAACCGGGGAAAGUAAAUCCACACGUUGUAUCAACGAGGCGUACACAGAAAUGAUAUCAACUACGUACAGAUGAAAUGGAUCGCAAUAACUAACGACAUGUUAUUGUAUUGAACAUGUUUUCCUUUGUUGGCAAGAAUAAAUAAACAUUAUUCAGCAA